CACUAGCGUUUCCGCCCUCUUUUGAUGCCGCCCAGCCUGUCUAGAGAGGCUGUUGCCGCGGCCGAGGCGUCUGGUGUUGUCCUGACGGGGAGGGCUCGGUGUGGCAGAGGCACUGGGAUAGGUGUUUCCUGAGUUGUAUUUACUCUUCACUGCAGUCCUGUGAGAUGAACCGGACAAAGGGUGAUGAGGAGGAGUAUUGGAACAGCUCCAAGUUCAAGGCUUUCACCUUUGAUGAUGAAGACGAUGAACUCUCACAGCUAAAGGAGUCCAAGCGGGCAGUGAAUAGCCUCCGAGACUUCGUGGAUAACGAUGAUGACGAUGACCUGGAGCGAGUCAGCUGGAGCGGGGAGCCUGUGGGAAGUAUCUCGUGGUCCAUCAAAGAGACUGCGGGUAACAGUGGGUCAAAUCACGACACACGGGAUCAGCUGAAGAGCCGAAACAGCUUCUCCUCCUAUGCACAACUCCCCAAACCUGCUUCUACCUACUCCCUGAGCAACUUUUUUAAAGGGAGAAGUAGACUUGGAAGUUUCCAGUCUCUUUCGGAUGCUCUCUCAGACAGUACUGCCAAAAGCUACGCUCCAGAGCUGGGUCGGCCCAAGGGGGAGUUCAGGGAUUACAGCAACGACUGGAGCAUCUCGGACACAGUGCGACGCCUCCGGAAGGGCAAGGUCUGUUCACUCGAAAGAUUCCGCUCGUUACAGGACAAGUUACAGCUACUCGAAGAAGCAGUUAGUAUGCAUGACGGAAAUGUCAUCACUGCGGUUUUGAUCUUCCUGAAGAGGACGCUGAGCAAAGAGAUCCUCUUCCGGGAGCUGGAGGUCCGGGAGGUUGCCCUGAGACACUUCAUUCACUUCCUGAAAGAGAUGGGGGACCAGAAGCUGCUCUUAGACCUUUUUAGGUUCCUGGACCGGACAGAGGAGCUGGCGCUAUCCCAUUAUCGAGAGCACUUGAAUAUUCAAGACCCUGAGAAACGAAAAGAAUUUCUUAAGACCUGCAUUAGUUUGCCAUUUUCAGCAGAGGAUUCCGCACACAUUCAAGACCAUUACACUCUCCUGGAACGCCAGAUCAUCAUUGAGGCAAAUGAUCGACAUCUCGAAGCUGCGGGACAGACUGAGAUCUUCCGGAAGCACCCCCGCAAGGCUUCAAUCCUCAACAUGCCCCUCGUCACCACGCUCUUCUACUCCUGCUUUUACCACUACACAGAGGCCGAGGGGACUUUCAGCAGUCCAGUCAACCUGAAGAAGACUUUUAAGAUUCCGGACAAACAGUACGUGCUGACCGCUCUGGCUGCACGCGCCAAGCUUCGAGCCUGGAAUGAUGUGGAUGCCCUCUUUACCACAAAGAAUUGGCUAGGCCACACCAAGAAGAGAGCGCCCAUUGGCUUCCACCGGGUGGUAGAAAUCUUGCACAAGAACAGUGCCCCAAUCCAGAUCUUACAGGAGUACGUCAAUCUGGUGGAAGAUGUGGACACAAAGUUGAACUUGGCUACCAAGUUCAAAUGCCAUGAUGUCGUCAUCGAAACCUGCCGGGACCUGAAGGAUCGCCAGCAGUUACUAGCAUACCGGAGUAAGGUGGACAAAGGGUCCGCUGAAGAGGAGAAGAUCGACGUCAUUCUUAGCAGCUCGCAAAUUCGAUGGAAGAAUUAAGUGACAACAGCUCCCCUGACCUGCCUCGACUCUUCCCUUCCUGCCUGUGACAGAAAGUGGAGCGAAUUCAGUGGGAGAGCACUCAGGUCACAUCUCUGGGGUCUAGGCAAUGCCCGCUCCUCUGGGGACAGACACAGCCUCACCCUGCGCUCCUGCCCCCAUGGUCCUCUCCAAAGGCCAAGAUGGGAAAGUUUGACUCAUGAGAAAGUUCUCUCCACCUGGUGCUCACAGGACGGUGGGAGUGAUUUCUAGAUUGGGCCCAUAUUGGGCCCAAACUCUCUUGCUCUGAGAUGAGAGGCUGCCUCAGAAGAGAAUUCUCCUCGACUCAGAAGGUCGUGGUGUCGAGGUCGACCACUCCAUGCCUCUCAUUUAAUGAUGACCCUGGCCACGGUGUUGACCACUGGCCGUUCUGCUCUGAAGGAAGUCGAAACAGAACAAACUUCUUACCUCAGGAAAAGUAGUGGUGUUGCCGGGACCUGCUGGAGGCGCCCUUAUACCAGACGACACGGAGCCCUCCGGGUUAGAGAAUGACCAGAUGUUGCUUUUCUUCCGCCAGUGCCCCUCUGCUGCCCUAGCCUAGCCCUGUGCAAAAACUUCUGGUUCCUGUCUCCUCCGGGGGGAUGAGACCCCCUGACCCUGUCCUCUGCUCCUCCUGUCUCAGACCCGUAUCCUUACAUAGAGCUCGGAUUCAGCAGUGCUCGGGAGCUCUCCCUCUCCCAAACCCUCCCUUCAGUAGAAGCUUCCCGCCGUUUCCUCAACAGGGCUAAAGAGUGACAUUUCUGAUUGUUCAGAUAUUAAGAUGCAGGCAUUAAUUUCACACUUGGGUUUCAAGAAGAUAAUCUGUAAUGUUAGAUUGCUGCCCUGUGCCAGUAUUAGCCUCUCUUCUCCGUGGCUGGGUUUCCCAGACAUUCCUAGACUACUAAUAAAGCCGUUUCCUCCUUGGUAUCUUCUCUUUUCCUCCCGGCUAUUUUGUGCAGAACAAUGAAAUAACUGUCCUGACUUUGGGGACCAUGGCAAACCUGUCUCUGUGGCUGCGCUAGGCUGUCAACCCAUGCCAGGUUAUGGUGU